AUGGCCAUAGCCAAUGGGCAACAUGCCGACAAAGGCGUUAAUAUGUCGACCCAAGACGAAAAGAAACAGAGCCAACUACAGGACAUUGAAGAGACCAAAACGGCCAAGGAUGAGAAUCAUCAUGGGCCUAGCAAGUUCACCCUGGAUACGGCGGAUGCUCUUACUCCUGAUCCCGGCACAGAGGACAUGUUCAACGCCAAGCAGGACAGCAAAUUCGCUUUCACUCCAGGCCAUCUCACCAAGCUUCUGAACCCCAAAAAUCUCAGUGCCUUCUACGCUCUCGGAGGCCUGCGUGGCUUGGAGAAAGGUCUUCAAACGAACCGCAAAUCCGGACUGGGUGUUGACGAGGACAAAUUGGACGCCAGUGUUUCCUUCGAGGAAGCUGCCCUAAAAGGCGUACCCAAGUACGGCGCAGCUGGCAACCAAGUUCCUCAGCCGGACCCCAAUGCGAAGAACGACGUGCCCAUUCCGCCCCCGCCUGCUGAGUACACUGGCGGGUUCUCGGAUCGAAAACACGCGUUUCGAGACAACCGCCUGCCCCCCAAGAAGCAGAAGUCCUUCCUGCAGAUGGUGUGGAUUGCCUACAAUGACAAGGUGCUGAUUCUGUUGACAAUCGCGGCCGUUGUAUCUCUCGCUCUGGGCUUAUAUGAAACCUUUGGCCAAGCACACGAACCAGGUGAAGCCAAAGUCGAGUGGGUAGAGGGCGUUGCCAUCAUGAUUGCCAUUAUCAUUGUCGUCUUGGUUGGCUCGAUCAACGACUGGAAGAUGCAACGUCAGUUUAACACACUUAACAAGAAACACGACGAUCGCACAAUCAAGGUCGUUCGUUCCGGCAAGUCCGUCGAGAUAUCUGUCUAUGACAUCGUCGUUGGCGACGUCGUCCAUCUGUCAACGGGAGAUAUGGUUCCUGUUGACGGUAUCUUCAUUGAAGGCCAUGGAGUCAAGUGUGACGAGUCUUCAGCCACGGGCGAGUCCGACCUUAUCAAAAAGAUUGGCGCCGACGAUGUGUAUGAGGCUCUUGAGCAAAUGGCACAGAAGAACGUUGAGCGACCUGACAUUGAGAAAAUGGACCCUUUCAUCAUCUCUGGCAGCAAGGUUCAGGAGGGUACCGGUACUUUCCUGGUUACAGCGGUUGGCGUCAACUCUUCGUAUGGCCGAAUCACCAUGUCUCUCAGAACCGAGCAAGAAGACACCCCGUUGCAGAGAAAGCUCAACGUCCUUGCCGACCACAUCGCCAAGUUCGGCGGCGGCGCGGCUCUCCUACUGUUUGUGGUACUUUUCAUCAAGUUCCUUGUCGCGCUCCCUGGAAACAACGACAGCCCCGAACAGAAGGGACAGGCUUUCCUCAAGCUCUUCAUCGUUUCCGUCACUGUCGUCGUCGUGGCGGUUCCGGAGGGUCUACCUCUGGCUGUCACCCUGGCACUGGCGUUCGCCACAACUCGGAUGAUGAAAGACAACAACUUGGUUCGAGUCCUGAAAGCCUGCGAGAUAAUGGGAAAUGCCACGACAAUUUGCUCGGACAAGACAGGAACUCUCACACAGAACAAGAUGUCGGUCGUAGCCACAACUCUUGGAAAAAGCAUCAGCUUUGGCGGUAAGGAUGCCCCCCUCGAGGAGCCCACGGCAGAGAAGCGAAAGAGCAGCUCCUCACCCUCGGAUGAAAAAACUGUCAACUCGGUUCGAAACGUUUCAAUUGGUGACUUCACAAAGGAUCUGGGUCCGGAGACGAAACAACUGUUAAUACAAGGCAACGCCGUGAACUCCACAGCCUUUGAGGGAGACCAAGAAGGAGAACACACUUUUAUCGGAUCCAAGACCGAGGUCGCUCUGCUCACAUUCAGCCGGGAUCAGUUGGCAGCCGGGCCAGUUCAGGAAGAGCGGACGAACGCCAAUGUCGUCCAGGUCGUACCUUUCGACUCGGCAGUCAAAUACAUGGCGACUGUAAUCAAGCUACCAAAUGGGAAGUACAGAGCGUACGUGAAGGGAGCCUCAGAAAUUCUUCUGAAGCAAUGCACCAAAGUUCUUGACAAUCCCAGUGGCUCCGAGUUGAGUGCCGUGGAUAUGACGGCUGAAGACAAGGAGAUGUUUGCACAGACGAUCGACUCAUACGCCGGCCAAACCCUUCGCACCAUCGGGUCUUCAUUCCGGGACUUUGACUCCUGGCCACCCAAGGAUGCCAUCUCUAAAGAUGACUCUAGAACUGCAGACUUUGACAAGAUCCACCAAAACAUGACGCUCGUUGCCAUCUACGGCAUCAAAGACCCGCUGCGACCUUCUGUUAUCGACGCCAUAAAGGAUUGCAACCGCGCAGGCGUCAUCGUCCGCAUGGUCACGGGUGACAACAUCCUGACUGCCAGAGCCAUCGCCAAGGAAUGUGGCAUCUAUCAUCCUGAAGACGGCGGCAUCGCUAUGGAGGGCCCAACCUUCCGACGCAAGACCGAAGAAGAACUCAAAGACAUCGUUCCCAAGCUGCAAGUUCUUGCUCGCUCAAGCCCUGAAGACAAGAGGAUCCUGGUCCGGACUCUGAAGGACCUUGGCGAGACGGUAGCCGUGACCGGUGAUGGCACAAACGACGCUCCCGCGCUCAAGAUGGCGGACAUAGGAUUUUCUAUGGGCAUCGCUGGCACUGAAGUCGCCAAGGAGGCAUCUGGCAUCAUCCUUAUGGAUGACAAUUUUGCUUCCAUUGUCAAGGCCCUGAUGUGGGGAAGAGCUGUCAAUGACUCCGUAAAGAAGUUUCUGCAGUUCCAACUUACUGUCAACGUCACGGCCGUAGUUUUGACUUUCGUCAGUGCAGUUGCCAGCUCAAGUGAGCAGUCGGUAUUAAAUGCUGUUCAGUUGCUUUGGGUGAAUUUGAUCAUGGAUACCUUCGCUGCCCUUGCGCUUGCCACCGACCCUCCGACGCGCAGUGUUCUGGACCGCAAGCCCGACCGAAAGUCUGCGUCGCUAAUAACCCUGAGAAUGGCUAAGAUGAUCAUUGGCCAAGCCAUCUGUCAGCUCGUCAUUACCUUCGUAUUGAACUUUGCCGGAAAGAGUCUCAUGGGCUACAGCGACUCCGAUGAUGACCAUGAACGUUUGAGGACUCUCGUCUUCAACACGUUUGUUUGGCUGCAAAUCUUCAACGAACUCAACAACCGUCGCCUGGACAACAGGUUCAACGUCUUCGAGAACAUCACCAAGAACUACUUCUUUAUCGGUAUCAACCUGAUCAUGAUUGGUGGACAGAUACUCAUCAUUUUUGUUGGAGGCGCCGCAUUCCAGAUCAAGCCUCUUAAUGGAAAGGAAUGGGGUUUGUCUAUCGGUCUCGGCGCGAUUUCCCUUCCGUUUGGUGUCUUGAUUCGCUUGAUCCCCGACGCAUGGGCGGCGGCAUGUCUGCCUUGGUUUAUCAGAAAAAGAUGGGCCCCGGAAACUAUCUCAGACAAACGCCGAGAGGAGCAUCGCAGGUUCGCCGAUGGGCUCGACCCUCCUCUGCGGACACACACCGGACUCCGUGGGCGCAGGUCGGAACAUACCCCGUUCAUACAGAAGGUGCACAACGCCAAGCUACAUGCCAAGGCGAAACUGGGCAGUCGCGAACACAAAGCAUCGCCGAGCAAGCAGGGCUAA